AUGGUGUACUUAAGUGCUGAUAGUAUUGAUCCUCAGGAUAGCGAAUCACUAAACAACCCAGUAUUCAGUUCUGAUUUUUUGAAUAGUAUAAGACUAUCUGGAUUGCCAAAUCACAGUUUACGUCUUAAAAUUGGUGCUCCUGUCAUGUUGCUACGGAAUAUUGAUCCUAAAGGUGGUUUAUGCAACGGUACAAGAUUGCAGAUUACACAGAUGGGGAAUAAUGUUUUAGAAGCUUGCGUUAUUACGGGGGACAGAGUUGGAGACAAAGUUUUGAUUCCUAAGAUCUUAAUUAAACCAUCAGAUACUAAGCUGCCUUUUAGGAUGAGGAGAAGACAGUUUCCAUUAGCAGUGGCUUUUGCAAUGACAAUUAACAAGAGUCAAGGACAAUCACUAGAAGAAGUGGGUUUGUUUCUUCCUCGACCUGUGUUUUCUCAUGGACAGCUAUACGUAGCUUUGUCAAGGGUGACAUCAAAGAAGGGUUUGAAAGUGCUUAUCGUGGAUAAAGAAGGGGAGCCACAGAAGCAGACAAUGAAUGUCGUUUUCAAGGAAAUAUUUCAGAAUCUAUAG